GCCGCGCGGGGUCGUGCUUAAUAUUCAAUGAUCUCGCUCGCGCCUCCCCCUCCUCUUCUCGGAGAAAUUCCACCGAGUCCGUUACUGGGCUCAGACUUUUAAGUUAAUUUACUGCCCCCCUACCUUGGCCAGUAACCAGCGCCUUUAGGGCUAGCCUCCCCCCCCCCAGCUCCUGCUUGAAAAAUGACAUUUCGCCGGUGUCUCCGGAGGGGGCUGAAUUUCACUUUGUAACUUUCUGCGGAACCCGAGCCCGGGUGGCAGCUCGGGUGGUGGUAUCGUAUGCAAAUACGCAUGCUGACGUUACAGAUCAUGUGGGUUUUGGCGUAGAUUCCCCACUGAUCGAGGCAUUUUUUUUCCCUUUUUUUUUUUUUCCUUUUUUUUUCUUUUAAAAAUUUUGGCCACCGUUCUCCGUACGGGGGCUUUUUCUGUCUGUCUGUCUGACAGGCUGGCUUUCCCCCUCUUUCCCACGGAGCCCGAGCCGGGCGCCCGGUGGGGAGUGGGGAGUGGGUGGGGGGAGCCAGCAGAGUUCCAUUUUGGAACGCCCGUGCCGCGUCUCCGCGUUCCCAGCCCGGGUCCCCGCGUUCCCAGCCCCGGCGCAGGAUUUGCCCUGAUGGAGACAGCUUCCCGGAGGAAGUGGUAACUGAGCUGAAAAGAUGACUGGUGACAAGAAGGUGACGAGAGCCUCCCAAGCAGAGAGACUGCUCCCGGGUUUGGUCCAGUGCUCAUCUCCCCACUCCUGGGAAGCAGAGGUCUGGAAAAGAUGACAGCUCUCAGAGGGUAGACUGUUCCCAUCUGUCUCUGCAUUGACUUCUUGCCGGGGGCAAAGUGGGAAGCCAGCGACAUCAGCACCUGCCAGGUCUGGACGUACCGACUGCUCUUGGAGUAAAAAGAUUCCCAGGAUGUGAGCACCACGGGACCGAUAUGGUGGCCCAGAUCGCUAAAACCCACAUUUUUGGCUUAGAGGCCUCAAGCAGUAUUGCUCAACUGGGAAACCAAAAUUCAUGAAGAGAAAUAAUGGUGGUCCGCUCCCUUCAAGUGAAUGAAACACUUCAGGACAUUAAAACGGAAAUCAGCAAGAUAUGAUGCUUCCUGGUGUGUUUAGUGGUUGGUGCCAUUGCAAUUUUCUGUGCUGAAAUCAUUCUGAAAACUCAAACAGUAGACUUCAGCAUACAAGGAAAGCCAAAGCCAUUUGAGGGGGAAUAAAGCCAAAAGCCCUUCACCUUAUUCGUUCCAAGAAUCUCACCAUCCCCUCCCUACCCCCCUCCAAAACUAAGCCAUUGCACACAGACAGGCAGCAUGGCUAGCAAACGAAAAUCUACAACUCCGUGCAUGGUUCGGACAUCACAAGUAGUAGAACAAGAUGUGCCCGAGGAGGUAGACAGGGCCAAAGAGAAAGGAAUCAGCACACCACAGCCUGACGUGGCCAAGGACAGUUGGGCAGCAGAACUUGAAAACUCUUCCAAAGAAAAUGAAGUGAUAGAGGUGAAAUCUACGGGAGAAAGCCAGUCCAAAAAACUCCAAGGUGGUUAUGAGUGCAAAUACUGCCCCUACUCCACGCAAAACCUGAACGAGUUCACGGAGCACGUCGACAUGCAGCAUCCCAACGUGAUUCUCAACCCCCUCUAUGUGUGUGCAGAAUGUAACUUCACAACCAAAAAGUACGACUCCCUGUCUGACCACAACUCCAAGUUCCAUCCCGGGGAGGCCAACUUCAAGCUGAAGUUAAUUAAGCGCAAUAAUCAAACUGUCUUGGAACAGUCCAUCGAAGCCGCCAACCAUGUCGUGUCUAUCACCACCAGCGGCCCCGGAACUGGUGACAGUGAUUCUGGGAUCUCGGUGAGUAAAACCCCCAUCAUGAAGCCCGGAAAACCAAAAGCAGAUGCCAAGAAGGUGCCCAAGAAGCCCGAGGAGAUCACCCCUGAGAACCACGUGGAAGGGACCGCCCGCCUGGUGACAGACACAGCUGAGAUCCUCUCGAGACUCGGAGGUGUGGAGCUCCUCCAAGACACAUUAGGACACGUCAUGCCUUCUGUACAGCUGCCACCAAAUAUCAACCUUGUGCCCAAGGUCCCCGUCCCACUAAAUACUACCAAAUACAACUCUGCCCUGGAUACAAAUGCCACGAUGAUCAACUCUUUCAACAAGUUUCCUUACCCGACCCAGGCUGAGUUGUCCUGGCUGACGGCUGCCUCCAAACACCCAGAGGAGCACAUCAGAAUCUGGUUUGCCACCCAGCGCUUAAAGCACGGCAUCAGCUGGUCCCCAGAAGAGGUGGAGGAGGCCCGGAAGAAGAUGUUCAACGGCACCAUCCAGUCAGUACCCCCGACCAUCACUGUACUGCCCGCCCAGUUGGCCCCCACAAAGGUGACGCAGCCCAUCCUCCAGACGGCUCUACCGUGCCAGAUCCUCGGCCAGACGAGCCUGGUGCUGACUCAGGUGACCAGCGGGUCAACAACCGUCUCUUGCUCCCCCAUCACGCUUGCCGUGGCAGGAGUCACCAACCACGGCCAGAAGAGACCCUUGGUGACUCCCCAAGCUGCCCCCGAGCCCAAGCGUCCACACAUCGCUCAGGUGCCAGAGCCCCCACCCAAGGUGGCCAACCCCCCGCCCACGCCAGCCAGUGACCGCAAGAAGACAAAGGAGCAGAUAGCACAUCUCAAGGCCAGCUUUCUCCAGAGCCAGUUCCCUGACGAUGCUGAGGUUUACCGGCUUAUCGAGGUGACUGGCCUUGCCAGGAGCGAGAUCAAGAAGUGGUUCAGUGACCACCGGUAUCGGUGUCAAAGGGGCAUCGUCCACAUCACCAGCGAAUCCCUUGCCAAAGACCAGUUGGCCAUCGCAGCCUCCCGACACGGUCGCACCUACCAUGCAUACCCAGACUUUGCCCCCCAGAAGUUCAAAGAGAAAACACAGGGUCAGGUGAAAAUCUUGGAAGACAGCUUUUUGAAAAGUUCUUUUCCUACCCAAGCAGAACUGGAUCGGCUAAGGGUGGAGACCAAGCUGAGCAGGAGAGAGAUCGACUCCUGGUUCUCGGAGAGGCGGAAGCUUCGAGACAGCAUGGAACAAGCUGUCUUGGAUUCCAUGGGGUCUGGCAAAAAAGGCCAAGAUGCGGGAGCCCCCAACGGUGCUCUGUCUCGACUCGACCAGCUCUCUGGUGCCCAGUUAACCAGUUCUCUGCCCAGCCCUUCGCCAGCAAUUGCAAAAAGUCAAGAACAGGUUCAUCUCCUGAGGAGCACGUUUGCAAGAACCCAGUGGCCUACUCCCCAGGAGUAUGACCAGUUAGCGGCCAAGACGGGCCUGGUUCGAACUGAGAUAGUGCGUUGGUUCAAGGAGAACAGAUGCUUGCUGAAAACAGGGACCGUGAAGUGGAUGGAGCAGUACCAGCACCAGCCCGUGGCAGAUGAUCACGGCUACGAUGCCGUAGCAAGGAAAGCAACAAAACCCAUCGCCGAGAGCCCAAAGAACGGGGGUGACGUGGUUCCACAAUAUUACAAGGACCCCAAAAAACUCUGCGAGGAGGACUUGGAGAAGUUGGUACCCAGGGUAAAAGUAGGCAGCGAGCCAGCAAAAGACUGUUUGCCAGCAAAGCCCUCAGAGGCCACCUCAGACCGGUCAGAGGGCAGCAGCCGGGAUGGCCAGGGCAGUGACGAGAACGAGGAGUCGAGCGUUGUGGAUUACGUGGAGGUGACGGUCGGGGAGGAGGAUGCCAUCUCAGAUAGAUCAGAUAGCUGGAGUCAGGCUGCAGCAGAAGGCGCGGUGGAACUGGCCGAAUCGGACUCCGACUGCGUCCCUGCAGAGGCUGGCCAGGCCUAGACAGGGAAGUCAGUUAGAACUGCUGUGCUGAUCAAGGGGAUGCUCUGUCUUUGAAGAAAGAAGAAAUGGUCCCUCCCCAGCCAUGGGCCACCCUCGCCAGUGACUCCAAGUGGAACUGCUUAGCUCGUGUGUGCCUGGAGGGUGCAGAAGCCCAGCGACUCUCGGACGCACCUCCCAGAGGACCAGUGGGAAUUGUUCAUAGUGCCAAAGUCCUACUACUGCGUUUUCAAUGGGUCCUUGUACAUAGUUUGCUCCUCUGCCCUAGCCCUCACCUCUUGCUAUACUGGAACUGAUUUGUACAAUAUGGGAAUUUUGUUACCUUUUUAAUCAAGGGCAACUUCCUUUUCCAGCACUACCAUUGUAAGGAUUUUUUCAGGAGGGAGGGCUAACCACCUUGCUUUUCUCUUUUCUCCUUUUCUUUUAUUUUUGUUUUAUUAAUUUGGGGAAAGGGGUGUUAGUAUUAGUGCCAUGAUAUCUACUGGAUUUUAAGUAGGGAGACUUUAUUUUUAAAGGUAGGUUGAAAUUUGGGAGAUUUCUCGGCAGGAAGGGCUGAAAUCCAGGCCUCUGUCUCAACCUGGAGAGAGGUGACAGACGACAGAUCCUCCAAAUCAAAUUCCUUUCCAGUUCCUCCCCUGGCUGCCUUUUUGGGGGGUCCCUGCCUUACUCCCACAGAAGGCUUUAUGAACUGCCAAGAGGGGAUCUGGCUUCGCAAAUUCUUGGCCUCUUGGGCCAGGCUGUGUCCAGCCAGCCCUGGGAGAACUGGGUAGCAGGUGGCUGACUUCUUUAAGCACCUUUCUAAAUACCAGCAGAAGAGGCUCCUGCGUCUGUUAGUAUGAUCAGUACUAUUGUGACAUUAAAACAACAACAAUAAGAUCUUCCUAUCUGGAGGGUACAAAGGUGAAUGGCUUUGGUUUUCAUUUCUCUUCUUCACUGCCUUUUCUCGGUGUGGUAUUUGACAAGAUUUUAGCUCAAAGCCUCACCAUGAAUUGAUUUUUUUUGUUUGUGUGUGUGUUUGUUUUGGGAAAAUUUUAGAUACCUGAGUGCACUUUUUUUCAGUUAGUCCUACCUUUUAAAAGAAGGAAAACCAAGAGACAUAUUUGGUGUACAUGUUGCAAUAUGAAUUCUGGUUGCAAUCCCUCCCCCGUCCCACACUGCCCCCCAUUUGAGUACACCGCACAAGUCAAAUGCUAGGAAGUUUGAAUAAAACCAAUUUUUCUAACUUGUCGCUCAUUUGUUGUAACUCAAUAAAGCAAAGACUAAACAUUUUUAUAACCU